AUGAGAUUAAUUAAUAAAGUUAUCAUCUUGUAUUCUUUCGUUAUUUUCUUCACUUUGGUUAAUCUUACUUCAUGUAAUACUGGUAAAGUUAUACUCGGACGGUUUAGAAAGACUCUAAUAGAAAGAAAAGAACGAAUUUGUGCAAUUUUUGAGUCAAUUAAACUUGGUUUAAGUGCAAUUGAAGAAAUUAUCAAUUGUCUUGAAAGUAUUAAUCGUGUCUUCAUGGAAUUUCAAAAGCACAAUGAAGAUUCGAAUGAUUCAUUUGAUACUGAAUCUAGUGGAAGUCGAUCCUCAGGUUCAUCAUCUGAAUUCGGCGAAAUCUCAAAUGAAAAACGAAAUAUUCGUAGUGUUUUAUCAAUGAAGAUUGAUGAAACCAAUGAUUUUACGAAACAAACUCGAUUAUUACAUCGACAGAAGCGCCUUUUCAAGAAUUCAUUUGAUCCAGAUGCGAUUAUACGUUCAGCAUUAAAAUCAUUUGAAAGUCAACUCGUCAAAGCUGUUGAAAAUUUGAAUUUGAAAUCUAUUUUUGAACAAGUUCUACGUUUGCUGGAUAUUCCUUCAAUAAUCCAAAAAUCAUUUGGAGAUUUGAAUAAAAUUAUUGAAAAACAAUUAGAUAUUCCAAAUAUUCUCACGAAAGAAUUAAAAAAGAUUAACAUUGAACCAUUUCUAAAAGAAAUCAUUGCACAACUUGAUUUCAUUUCCGUCGUAAAAGAUCAAAUGAAAAAUCUCAAUUUCGAAACAACAUUCAAUGACUUAAUUAAACAAAUUGAUUUGAAAAAAGUCAUCAACGAACAAAUAAAGAAUCUUAACAUNUAA